CGCUGUAGGAGCCAACCGUAGCCGGUGGAAGACUACUCCCGUUGUGAGUGCUAGAAGGAGUUUGACAAGCAAGUAGCCCACACUGUGUGGAAUUAUACAGCUUUACAACCUUCACUGUGGGACAUAUACACAUUUUUUUAGUUUAUAUGGGUAACUUGUGGAAUCCUCCAGCUGUGUACAUUUUUAGUGAUGCUUUAAUCCUUCAGAUUGAGAGAAAGCGAUGAUUUCACGUCAUGAUUUAGCUAACUCCCUGCGCUUUAACUCCUUCGUGUUGGGCAACAGACAGUGAGCGCAGAUUGAAUUAUGCUACGGGCGUUUCUGCGGCACGUCCGCCGCUUUCCGUGGGUUACGAAUGUCACUCUUUACGGCUGCCUGUUCGCCGGAGGAGACUUGGUCCACCAGUGGUUCUCCGCCAGGGACCAAGUGGACUGGAGACAGACACGCAACAUCGCCGUGGUCGCGUUCAGUUUCCAUGGCAACUUCAAUUUCUUCUGGAUGCGUUUUCUGGAACGCAGGUUUCCGGGGAAGUCCACCAGGAUGGUGGUGAAGAAGCUGUUCCUGGACCAGACGACGGCGGCGCCCCUGGCCACCAGCGUCUUCUACACGGGUGUCAGUUUUUUGGAGGGCAAGGAAGACAUCCUGGAGGACUGGAGGGAGAAAUUCCUGAACACGUAUAAGACCGGGCUGAUGUUCUGGCCAUUCAUGCAGUUUCUGAACUUUGCCUUGGUGCCUCUAUACAUCCGGACCACCUUCACCGGCUGCUGCGCCUUUGUCUGGGCCACCUUCCUCUGCUUCUCACGUCAGACUGGAGACGGCACCGCCGGAGCUGCUCUGGCAUGGAUGUUCCCACCUAAAGAAGAUGCAGCAGCAGAACCAGCUAAAGACGAAGUAGACCUGAAGCUCAAGGUAGAGGAAACGGCAGCAUCCAGGCCUGGAAAAUAACAUAACUGGCAGUUGUUCUGCAGGGCAGACAGUAGAGGGUAAAAACUGGUCUGAAAGGAUGCAGCGGGUCCAUGGGACAGCAGCUCAGGCUUGUCGUUUUACUUUUCAUUGCUUGAUUUUGCAAAAGAGCCAUCUACUGAGGUCUCACCGAUGUUGCAAACCUCAACCAGCUCAUUGAAUGUGUUCACCUGCACAGUAAUUAAACAUACCAGGUCAAAAAUAUGGUUAAAUCUACUGCUGACAUGCUGUUUUUAUUUUUUAUUUCGUCAGGUUAACAUUGAUCAUUGUGUUGUUUUACUUCUACAAAGUGAGCUCUUUGCUAAGCAGAACAAGGCUAAAUACUGAAAGUAUUUAUGAGCAUUGCACAGUGCAGCAAGGCUCCACUCUGUGGAGUGGGAUCUAAUUGAUUUGAUCAGACCUUUUUACUUCCUUAAAGCAAACAUGAACAUCUAGUUUUCAUCAGCUUCACUUCUAUGAUCUCUGUUUGGGUUUCAGUUUGCAGAAACUGGGUCAGUUAUAAAGUCUACUUUGAUUUUGAUAAUUAAAAACAUUGUGGGAAAUUUCUAAAAAGAAAAUUAGUCUCAACUGAAUUUCCCUUGUCAGUAAUUUCUACUUCCUGUAAAGCAGCAGCACAUUCCAAGAAAAGGCUGGGCUGUGGUGGUUUUUACUACAUUAUGGAGUCGCCUGAACUUCUCAUAAACAUCUGACUCUGAAGCUACCAACCAAUGAAGAAUUUCAGAGAGUGUUCAUACAUUCAUUCCUCUUGGAAACACAUCCUUAUUGUGGGCAGUUGUACGGAGUCACUUUUUAUUUGAAAUUUCUAUUGCCGUUGAGAUCUGUGGUGGCUUCGGUUUUCUGACCACAAUCCACCACUCUGGUCCAUCCCAGGAUCUUCUAGUGCCAGAAAAGCUGACGGUGCUUCUGAACCGGUUUGACAUGUAGCUGUCAUUAUUUGCUCUUAACUGGCUUUUAUUAAUUUUUUUCAUUGUACUGAAUCUCUUGAAUAAUGUUUUCCAAAGCAGCCCCAUGUGCACACAGUUCCUUACAGUUCUUUAUGCAGUAAAGUCUUAAGGAAUUCAAGAUUACAGUUUCUUAACAAAAACCUUUUCUGUCCACUUUCGCUGCACUACAAUUCCCCCAAAUUCAUUCAGCUAUUAGAUCAUCUUGUGUACUGUAGAGGGAUAAAAAUACUAACCUGCUUUCUUUUUAACAGAAGUAUUGUUUUUAAACAGUUCAGAAAUGGUCUGACACAUCUGUCAACAUUAUGUGGACCCCCAGUUCAGUUCUGAACUUUGGAUGCUCAGGUGGAAAUCAGGAAGCAGUGCAAUCUUUUCCAUGCAAUUGUUUUCCAUAACUGGUUGCACUAAAGACAUGGAGAGGCAAACAUGCCCCGGAUGCCUAGCAGACGGAGCAAUUUGUACCUAUUUCUCCAAAAAGUCGUACUUUUCCCUGUAGCCACAAGCACAGUAUAUGCAGAAGGCAUCUAACAGACAGAAGAAUGAUUAACUUUAUUAUAUUAAUUAAAAUAGAGCUCCAGGUCAAACAUUUAGUAACAUCUGGCAGACGGAAUUACUUUGGAAUGAUGUUUUGUAAGCAAAAGGUGAUGCUACAGAUUGUACAAAAGUGAAAUGUGUCACAUUGGGGUUUUGGGGUGGACCGAAGCGCAGACAAGAGCUUGGCAGCAGCAUUGUGAAUAGAUCCAGAGCUUUAUUCCAAGUUCAUAGAAGUAACAAAAACACACUGCAGGUACUAACCAGAGUCAAAUCCAAAAACUUACAUUAGACACUGCAGGAACUCAUGGCAUGAACGAGGGUAGUGCAGAGAGUUGUGAACAAAGGAACCAGCAAAGAACAAUGAAACAAAACCAACUAAUAUACUGAGGGAGAACAAAGGCAGGUAAUUAAAGGAACUGAGAACAGGUGAGACAAGGAGGCAGAGGGAGCAGGUGAAUCUAAAAACAAGAUUAACACAUGGUGAAGGAACUAACUAACAAAUAAAGACACACACAGACCAAGCAAACUUAUAGUCAAAGAUAAAUAAUCAAAAGAAGCAUAGGAAAACUAGAAUAACCAUGAACUAAAGGAAACAGAAGAACAACAACAACAUAAGAUCUGGCAACCUAAAUAUAAACAAAGAGCCUAUAAGGAGACCCAGAUUACAAACUAAACAAACCUAAAACCACACUGACAGAAACAACUGGAAACAAGCAGAGAACAUUAGGAAAUACAAACAAAGUCUAAAAUGUCACAUCCUGACAAAAUAAUGUAUUGCUUUGAUUGAUUCUUUUAGAAAUAAAAAGCGCUGAUUGAAUUAAAAGACUGUAGCAGGAUUAAAACAACUACAAAUGUAAAUAUACUGUGCUUGUUAUUACAGCAGUACAAAAAAAGCAACACUUGUUCACGAUUACGUCCUGUUAAUUUGUUUUUUAAAUAAGCGAGCCAGGGAUUAUCUCCUUCUGGCCACACCCAUCCAUCAUUCGUCCACGCCACCUCCCUUCUACUCGUCUCACCCCCUCCACAACAUCUAAGUGUGCCUCUGCUGAGCUGCCCACAUCAGGCAGGCUUUCUUCACAGAGUUAAUUCACUCAUUGUGGUUAUUCUUCUGCAUGUGAAGCGUAUACUGGAAUCUUUCAGAAUCACAAGGUUUAAAUUCUGUGUUUAAAAAAGGAACAACAUGAUUUUCUACACAAUUUAAACACUGCAGGGAAGAAUGUUGAGAGUAACCAGUAAAUCACAGUUAUUGUGUCACAGGAAGCCAUGGAAAUCACUUUCUUCUUACUUUUUGCUUGUCAUGUUUUAUACCUGGCUUUGCUAAAAGGAAACUUUACCAGCUCAACAAAAAGACUGAAAUACAUCUGAUACUUUCUAUGUGAAAAGUAAUUUGUGUUUUUUUCCCAUCCGAUUAAAGAUGUUUACUUGAAUUUCAAAAUGCCGCCCACCUUUUCUUCUACUUCACAUGAAUGAAAUAUUGUUGUUUCCUCUCUUUUCUUUGCAUUUCUGCUAUUUUCUAUCUUAAUUCUAAUGUAUUCAAACCUUCAGAUGUUGUGUCCAUUGGGUGGUCUUACCUCCAUUGCUUGUUUCAAAGAGACAUAAC